AUGGCUGGCAUCAUCGCCCGUGCGCCUUUCGACAAUCCUGCCGCCGACACCGUGAUCCGCUCGAAAGACGGCGUGAACUUUCGCGUUCGAAGCGGCAUAAUCGCAGAGGCUUCUCCAAUAUUCUCCGAUAUGUUCGGCAUUCCCCUGCCAGACCCCAAUCAGCUAGCCAACAAUUCUGACUACAUGGAUGGUAAGCCGGUCGUUGCCGUCGAAGAGGACAGCGCGACGCUUGACCGGCUGCUCCGGUUAUGCUAUCCCACCACCGACCCGGUCUUGACGCAGCUCGGAGACGUCCGGCUAGUGCUGGCGGCGGCAAUGAAGUACGAGAUGGAGGAAGCCAGUGCGCUGAUGAAGAAAGCGCUUCUCUCGUUUGUCAAGUCACAGCCCCUGAGCGUGUGGGCGUUGGCGUGCAUACUCAGACUUGAACCCGAGGCCAGGAUAGCUGCGGAGGCUUUGCUUGGAAAGGAUCUUCCCAUUGAUGCGCCGCUGGAGUUGCAGGAUAUCUCUGCGGGGACCUAUUAUCGGCUUGUGAAAUUCCACCGGGCGAAAGGGGACGUCGGUGAACAGUUCAAGUUCACGGAGCCUGGCCCUGAUGACGUGCCGAGAAUUCGACGCACCAAACCACCAGGGGCAAAGAUCGUAUACCGAUCUCGGCCUUUCGCCGACAUAAUCUGCCGCUCUUCCGAUGGGCAGGAAUUCCAAACCCACAAGAUUAUCCUCUGUGCCGCAUCCUCGACUCUGCAAGAUCAGAUCCUUGCCCUUCCAACCUCAGCUGAACCAUCUUCCUCUCUGCCUGUGAUUAGCCUCGACGCACGCGGCGCCCCCCUUGGGGCGCUCCUCGAGAUGAGCUAUCCUGUCGACUGCGAUGGACUCAGCGACAUCCCCGUGCACGACGCCAUCGCCAUGAUGGACUGUGCGCGGCGGUUCAGGAUGGACACGCACUUCCGCCGGCUGAGAUACAACUCAUUCGGCACGCUCAAGGUCUCGCAGCCGCUCCCGACCUACUUGCUUGCAAGCAGCUUCGGACUCACGGAGGUCGCGGAGGACGCGCUCGCGUUCCUGCACGCGGACCCGUUCACGUACGGGUGUAUACCAGAGAUGGAGACGACCCCUGCGUUGGCCUACCAUCAUCUGCUGAUCAACCGGCGCGAGUCUCUUGCGGUCGCGUCAAAGCUGACAGCCGUGGUAAAGCCGACGUCCCAAGCGGUGGCGGCGGGCUCUGGAGACUCGGCGGCGGACGAGACGAUGGACGUCGAUGCGUCUGCCUCCAUCGGGAGUGGGAGUGAUAAGUCGCCACCUCGUGGAGACCCGUGGUUGCUGGGUAUCCUGGAACGCACGGUCGAGGAGUUGCGCUCUCCGCAUCAGGACGAACAUUGGUGGGAGAAGCCCAAGACGUCCGCGACCCUCCAGCAGUCUGUGGACAAGGGGAUGUGGUGCGGUGAUUGUGAGGACAACGUGCGGCUGAUAUUGCGGAUCGAGAACUUGCAUGCGGAUGUGAGGAAGGCGAUGGAUGCAAACAAUGGCAAGCUGUUGAAACGAAGGUUGCCGGUGUGAAUUGCAGAGGAUGCUGCAUACCUCUACUUUGGUUGGUGGCUUUCCAACAAGGACCGUCACGGAGUCAUCAUGCAUAUGUAUUUUUGAAAUAACAGAACGAACGCAAUCGCAAAGCAUGUCCACAAGGCAAAUUUGA